GUAAGGAAACGGACGACCAAGAGGCAACGCAAGGCAAAGGCUCGAAAAGCAAGUCAGUGUUGGUGCAAGCCUUGUGUGAAGAAAAGACGAGCCCAAAGAAAGGAGGCUAAAAGGCGUGGUUUGCGAUGGGUUAAAAAUGGAUGGUGGAUACCGGCGGAAGAUUGUGUGAGGUUAAAGGGUUGGGAUCCAUGGCCAGAGCCGACGGGAACGAGCGGUAACAAGGAUGACGACUGUGAUCGGCUAAUGGGCGAAUGGCGCGCAUCGGCCCAUGAUGCGCGCGGUUGGACCAAACAGGAUGAACAUGGGUACACGGCUAUCGGACAGGCCACGGGCAAAUUUGUGCACUUAAAUAAUCAGUUAAAGUAUUCUCUUCAUAUGUUGAUCAUGUUAAAUCUUUUCAAUAUUCAGAUACCGCCCCGUAGGGAGCCGGUUCAGCCAGCGGUCACCCAGGCCACUGUGGUCGCACAGUUCCGCGACUACCAUCCUGAGAAGUUCUGCGGCCAGGAAGAUCCGCGUAUUGUAGACGAGUGGAUUCAGGGCCUCGAAUUGAUCUUUGAGGUCAUGGAUUGCCCAGAUCGUUACCGCAUUAUUUGCGCACAGCUUCAGUUGACCGGUGAUGCCAGACACUGGUGGAAUGCCUACUGGAGCAUGCGUCCCUGCGAGAAAGAAAGGUGUACUUGGGAUAGAUUCAGAGAGAUGAUUCGAGAGAAGUAUUAUCCCACGUAUUACCAAGCUGAGAUGGAGCGGCAGUUCCUGUCGCUCAAGCAGGGUACUUGUUCUGUUGAUGAGUACGAGAGAGAGUUUACCAGACUCAGAGCUUUUGUUCCUGAUCUGGUAUGUACUGAGGCACAGCGAGCACAGUGCUUUACUGACGGGCUUUUCCCAGCAGUCCGUCACAAUAUUGUAGGUCACGGGACCCAGACGUACGCUCGUACCGUUGCCAUUGCUCAGGAGGUGGAUGCCAGCAUUCGAAGGGAGGCGAACCAUGAUCGACUGCAGCCAGUUGCCCCUACCCAGUCAUCGACAGCUCCACUGAUGCCACCAGCUGAUGCCCAAACCCAAAAGAGUCAAAAGAGGAAUGGGAAAGGUGCCCCGAUGGACAGGAAGACCCGACGGAGACUACAACAGAUUCCACAGUGCCACACUUGCGGACGACUUAAUCGCGGAGA